GCAAGAGUCAAGACUGUCAAGAGCAAAAAGCCAAGGGACUUCCCUAACGCUAUUUUUAGUUGAAACAAAAGUCAAGAUUUAGAGAUCUAGAUUUAUAUUUAUUUAGACUGUAGAUCUCAACUUAGAAAUUUCGAUCUAUCAUAAAUCUUUACACUUUGUGACUAGUUCUAAAAUCUAGAUCUAAGACAGUGAUCUAAGGCUAAGAAUUCUAAGGCUAUUAUAAUCCAUAAGUGACCAUAGAUCUAGAUCUAUAGCCUAUUAGAUUCUAAGUAAUAAAUAGAGUCUAUUAUAAUAUUUGUUACUGUUGGCUGAGGCUGAGUGUUGGCGACAAUAUUCAACUUUUGACGUACUCUACGAAAUACAGAAGUUGGGUACAAGAUCCAUUUUUCUAAUUUUAAACACAUUUAGUUUUGCAUUCCUAUGCAAGAUCAUCGUUUUUCUGCUAGGAGAUAAAGUACACUGGUCUCAUAGCAUAUGAUGUCAGCGCCUGGUCUGAAAGAUAAUAUUACUUUUGAAGCUGCACCAGAUAUUGAAGUUGUCCUGACAAUAAUGAGACCAAGGCCAGGUGUUAAUAGAGACAAAACAAAGUUAUCACAAUCUGAUUAUGAUGCUACAGAUAAUGAGGCAAAUAUAAAUAUUAGUCGAACAAUUCUGGAGCUAAAGCAAUCCCUUGGAAAACUACUGGAUGUUGAGUCAACAGAGUUAAGAAUUUUUAAAGGGACUGUGGAGUUGCAAGACGCCCACCAAAUAAUGGACUAUGAGAUACAGACUGAUGACAAUUUGACAGUUUACAUUAACUAAAUUUACUACAUUUGGGUUUUCGGCUCUAUAAAUAUUUUUCUUUUAUGUUACAAACUUAAUUUACCUACCAGUCAUUUAACUUUGACCAAGUUUGAAUAUCAAUGUGCCUUCUUUCAAUUCAAAUGACAUACAUAAAGAGAGGUUGAUAAAAAUGUAAUUCAGCUUCAAGUAAAUCAAGUGAACAUUUGAAAGUUAAAAUGCUCACUUUCAAAAAGGAACAAAAUAGAAAAAAAUGUAUGCAUAUUCCAACCAUUGGGAUGUACAUAUAAUAUAUAAAUAUAAAUGCUUAUCCCUUUUUUUUUUCAGGCUUUAGAAAGCAUAUUUGUGUGUAUGUGUGCUCUGACAUUUUAUUAUUUUAGACCCUACUUUCUUUUUGUCUUUUGUUUGUCUAAGUACCUUGUGUUUUUCUCUCUUCCUAAAAUGGUGCAUUGAAUUUUUAAAUUAUCCCUUUUUUAAAAACAAUGUUUACUCCAUGACACAUUUUAAUUGUGUGCAUUCAGAAAGUUUCAAAUUGUGAUUUUCUAUUAACUUUUCUUUAAUAGUAAGCUGAAAGCAAACUAAAAAUUUAGUGGGCUCAGAUUUUCCAAUUUUCUUAAAGGACUAAUAAAUGUGUUUAGAAUAUUAAAGAUUUAUUUGUGUAGAGCCAAACAAAUAAAGUUUGCUACUUUUGACUCAAGGUUCUGAAAAGAAAAUGCUAUUCUCAUGGACUUACUUACAAUGGAAAUGUACAAUUGUUGAUGAAGCCACAAUUGAAAUAUUCAGAUUAAAACAUCUCCAAUGGUCCACUUCAUGACCAAAGGCAAAGAGAAAAUCAAUGUCAUCAUGACCAUGAAAUUUUAAUUUUCUUCUAGUUGCAUUUUAACUCCUUUCACUCCCAUAAUUGAAAAACAAUUAACAAAAGUAAGUCUACCAAUGAACAAAUAAAGGACUUCUAUUUAAUCUACAUUUAUGAAAGUUAUAUUUACACACAUUUAAAAAAAAUAAUAAUAAAAAGCUGAAAUUAAAGAAUUUUUUAUUUUUUUUUAUUAGUUAAUGGAUGUUUCAGAACAAAUAUUCUCCACAAUUUAAGACAAGAUGAAAAACCAAAUUUUUCAUGUCAUUAUUUUAAAAUCAAUAUCUAAUCACAACAUUGUUAAAGCAAAGUUUUUUGUUUUUUUGUUGUUUAUUUUUUUAAAAUAAAGAAUUCUGCUCCAUUUUGUAUCUUCACUUUGCAAAUUGUGAAAAAUGUUGAAUUUUAAAUGCAAUGACAGGGUGAUAAAGGCUUUGGGGGGGGGGGGGGGUGAAAGGUAUUGUUUAUCUAAUAGGCACAUGUUAGAGGAGGAUGGGGGCAUGGUAGGUGACAUACUUUUUUUGACUUCAUAUUUAUAUUUGUGAUAUAAUAAAAAAUAUUAUAAUGCACAAAGUAUUAACUUUCAAAAUGUAUAGGUAAUGAUCUGCAAAGCUUUACAAAAAUAUCUUAAUAAUUCAGAUUUUACAUAAGAGAUUCAAUGUUAUUAUUUUAUAAUUAAAUCAUUCACUCAUCUGAUUUUACUGACAUUAAAAUACUGUAUGUAUACAAAUAUAUAUUGAUUCCUUAUAGCUUAAUGCAGCUUCUGUUUGUUUGUUUUUUAAAAUAAUAAACUGUACUGAUAAAAAUCAACAUAAUAAACAAAAGUUAAGACUUAAAUUUAUGUAGCAUAUUGCUGUUCGCUAUGAAUAAAAUUUAAUGAAUUUUUCAUAA